UAUAUUUAUUAUUCCUUGUCAUUUAUAUAUUAGGAUUUAGGAUUUAAAUUGUAUUCAAUUUUAUAACAGACUAAAAAUAAAAAGUCCAAACUUACUAGAUAUGAACAAUAACAGUAUUAUGGAAUGAUGCAUGAGACUUAGAACAUAAAUUAUAUUUAGUAUAAACACACGAAGAAGAAUUUAUUAUUAUUUUAAUAAUUGUUCAAAUAUUUUUGAAUUGCAUUGGUAACAAUUUUUAAAAUCAUGAGUUUCCAAUUGAAAAAACCAAGUACAGUUUUAAAACAUCACAGUUCUAUUGUGGAGAAAAAAGAAACCGAAGAAAAUCCUUCUACACAAAUAUCGUUUGGUGAAUUAUCUUCACAAAAAGAACAAAACAAAAAAAGCGGUGCAUUUAAAAGUUAUGUUAUUGAUUCAAUUACACCUGGAUACAUGACUUAUGAACAACAUCAAACUACAUUGAUUGAAAAGUCAUCCAAAAAAAUUGAAUCAAGUAAUACAGUAAAGAAAAGCUUAAACCAGCCUAUAAUAAGGAUGCCGGAAUCUCAAAAUCCAAACAAAAAUGAAAGUAUAGAUAAUGAGACAGUUAGAUGUACUACCAAAAUUAAAAAAAAUUGUUUAUCUAGCAGAGUGACUUCUAUACUGGAAAACAAUGAAAUUGCUUAUACUGAUCUUCAAAGCACUGAAAGAAAUCACUGUGAUCCAAAUUCAUCAAAAGAGAUUUUGUUUAAUGAUGAAAAUAUUAAUGAACUUGAUGUUACAUCUGUCAGCACUGUUGCAAAACUUGAAGCUCAUAUUAAAAGUUUAGAAAAAAUAGAGUAUGAAAUGUUGCAAAAAGUAUUUAACAUGUUUGUAAGUAUACCAGAGAAGUUAGCUAUUAAUAUACCUGGUCUUCGAGAUCCUUCAUCUUUGCCCCACCUUAAAAAAGUUCGGCAAAAAAUUAAGAAUAAAUUAAAAGUCGCUAAAGCACAAUUGAAAAAUCAACAAAAAAUGCCAAAAGUUGAGUGCUCUUCUGUAUUUGAUGAUAUUUUCGUUGCAACUGAUAAAGAUGAGAGUCAUGUAAAUAGAAUCUCAGAAAACAGUUGUGAUGAUAUUCACAUAGUAAAUGCUGAAAAAUUAUGUUUUUCAAACAAAUUGAAGAAAACUUCUCAAAUUAAACCAUUACUGACUCAAAAUAAAGUCAAAAACUUACCAUGUACUGUUACAUCAAUAAAAAAUAAUUCAGAAGAAAAUAAUUACAAGCCUGAUAUAAGCUCAAAUUUGUAUUGUCAGAAAUCUACUUCUAGUAUUCAAACAACAAAUGAAUUAAUAAAUGUUUGUACAAAUCGACUGAUUCAAACAGAUCAAGUAAAUACCAGCCAUAACGAGGAUCAAUAUUUUAGUCCAAACUCGUCCAUGACAGAGUUCACCAAAACUGACUAUAAUUUUUCUUGGGAGCUUUUAGCAGUAUUUAAAAAAACUUUUGGACUUCAACAUUUUCGCCCCAACCAAUUUGAAGCAAUCAAUGCUGCUUUACUUGGUCAUAAUUGUUUCAUUUUAAUGCCAACUGGUGGUGGAAAAUCAUUAUGCUACCAAUUGCCUGCAGUUAUAUCAAAAGGUAUAACUGUUGUGAUAUCACCAUUAAAAUCAUUGAUUAUUGAUCAGACUCAAAAAUUAAAAUCUCUUGAUAUAUCAGUAGCUCACUUAUUAAGUAGUGUUACUCCAGACGAAGAAAAUACAAUUUAUUCUGAACUUUGGAGGGCUGAUCCAGGUUUAAAACUGCUGUAUGUUACGCCUGAAAAAGUUGCAGCAAGUAGUAAAUUAACACAAGUUCUAAACAAUUUGCAUUGUCGAAAUUUACUAGCUCGAAUAGUUAUUGAUGAAGCUCAUUGUGUGUCCCAGUGGGGUCAUGAUUUUCGACCAGACUACAAACGAUUAGGUGUAUUUAAACAAAAUUAUCAAAAUGUUCCAAUAAUGGCACUAACAGCUACAGCAACUCAACGUGUCCGAAAAGAUGUUCUACAUCAGCUUAAUAUCGAAAAAACAAAAUGGUUUGUAUCCAGUUUUAAUCGACCUAAUUUAGUUUAUGAAGUGAUUCCUAAAAAAGGUAAAUCUUCAUUAUUAGAAAUCGCCAAACUAAUAAAAUCAAAAUUUGCACGCCAGUCCGGUAUAAUUUAUUGUAUGACUAAGAAAGAAUGUGAUAAUACUGCUAUUUUAAUGUCUGGAGAAGGAAUCAAAGCUGUAAGCUAUCAUGCUGGAUUAAGUGAUAAGAAAAGAAAUGAUGUUCAAAUGCAAUGGACUUCUAAUAAAUCAAACGUAGUUUGUGCCACAAUUGCUUUUGGCAUGGGUAUUGACAAACCAGAUGUACGUUAUGUUAUACAUUAUUCAUUACCACAAUCUAUCGAGGGAUUUUAUCAAGAGUCUGGUAGAGCUGGACGAGAUGGUGAUGUUGCAUACUGUUUGAUAUACUACAACUAUUCAGAUAUGCAUCGUAUCAAAAAACUCAUUGAGAUUGGUGGUGGAGCUACUUAUGAAACAAAAAAGGUACGUUUUCAUAAUCUCUGUAGGAUUGUGUCAUACUGUGAAAACAAAAUGGAUUGUCGUCGUGCUAUGCAACUUAACUAUUUUGAUGAACAAUUUGAUAAAGCACAAUGCAUUGCUAAUGAGAAGACUACUUGUGACAAUUGCCGAAGAAAGCAUUCCAUAAAAUUAAUUGAUGUUACGGAAGAAAGCAUAAACCUAAUAAGGGCCAUUCAAGACAUUUGCGGUUCUGGCAAUAAUUGGAAGAUUAAUUUUACAUUCACUCAUUUCGUAGAUAUUUUCAAAGGAAAAAAAACUCAAAAAGUGGUAUUACAUGGUCAUGAACAUUCUAAUAUAUUUGGCAAGGCCAUACACUGGGAUAGAGAUGAUAUAGAACGAUUAAUACACAAAUUAAUACUUGAAGGUUAUUUGAGAGAAGAAAUGGUUGCAUUUAAAUCAGAUAUUAUGAAUGCAUACAUUCGAAUAGGCCCUGAAGCUGAAAAACUUUUAGCUGGACUCGUCAAGUUAUCACUUAAAGUAAGUCCAAAAACAAAUUUGAUUGAUAGUAAUAUUGUUAGUAUUAAAGAUAGCACUGAAAAUCCAAUUCUUGAAGAAAUAAAAGAAAAAUGCUACACAAAUCUAAUGGAAGUAUGCCGUGGCUUAGCAGAAUCUUUGAAUAUCAAUACAAAUGCCGUUAUGACUAUCCAAGCAAUUCGUUCAAUGUCACAAUUGAUGCCCACUAAUGAAGAUGACAUGUUAAAAAUUGAUGGCGUUACAAAAUCUAAUUUUGAAAAAUUUGGUCAACCCCUAUUAGAAAUCACACAACAAGCAGCUGCAGAAAAGUCUGCAAUUAGAAGCACUGAAGUAAAUCAAGACAGGUAUAGCAAUGGAGAUAGUCAAGGAAUGAAUGUCGAUUCUCCAUAUUAUGAAGAUAUGGUCAACAGAAUGAUGGAGACUAAAAGUUUAAGAGGAAGAAAACGAAAAACAACUUCUUCAACUAAUAAAAGAACUAAACGUUUUAAAAGGAGUAAAGGAAAAAAGAAGAACAGUUCCAAAGGAUCAUCCAAUUCUACAAUGGCAAAAAUACGUAGUGCUGCUAUUAAAUUGAGUGCUAAAUUACGUCCAACUAAGAAACCAGGAUUUUUACCAGUGCCAAAACAGGCGCCAACAUAGAAAUUAGUUGAUAAUUAAAAAGAAAUGUGUACAUUGUAUACAGAAUAUAAGAAAUUUUUUUUGUUUAAAAUCGUAAUAAAUUGGUCUUCAAUUAAAACAUGGAAGACAAAACAUAA